CUUCUUGCCCAGCCGCACGCUUGCUCCGGGCCCGCUAGCCGCGUGGUGGCCGCAUCGCGCUGAUCGCGGGGCGGGGCGGGGACGGAGACGCCCAGGGCGCGCGAGUUGGGGGAGAUGAAGAAGAUCUGGGUGAAGAAACGUCUCCAGAAAAGCGGUCACUCACGGCGUUUUGGACGCUUCACGCAUGUUUUCCGCUCCUGCAGAAAGCAAAGUUACGACUCGGAGCCGGGAGAAGAUGAUGCCAGCAGUACACAGGUGACCCAACGCACCCAUCUCCAGGAUGAGACAACCUACAGCUCCCCUACAGGGGAGUCGGACACUCUGGUGGAUGCCUCCAUGAAGACAACGCCAACCUCGGCACCAGGACUGUGCCAUCCAGAUGAGCAGGCCAGCUGGUCAGAGAGCCAGACCACGGUACUGGAAAAGGAUCCAGAGGCUGGGCCCCCAGAGAGAGGACCUUACCUACACCCCAGCAUUCCAAGGCAAGCACCUGCCGAGGCCCGGCACCUGGGGGUGGAGCCGCUGGUACGGGCAUCACGGGCGGAGCUGAUUGGUGUGGCCCCGGGGACCGAGGACAGCCUGUCUCUGGGGAGCGACCCCUACGGCAGUGCCUUCAGCCUGUACCGGGGCCGUGCCCUCUCCCUGCACGUCAACCUCCCCCAUGGUGGAUAUCGAAGGGAUGGUGCCAACAGCAGCAGCAAAACCAACACAGAUAUUCCCCAACGCCCAGUAACCCCCCGAGCAGGGCAAUGCCCAGUCCAGCCACCUGGAACCAGCCAUGGUACCACACCACCUGUGGUUCCUCGCAGAAAACUCUUGAUGCCCAAUGAAUUCCAAGACACGGCAUCAGAGGAACUUGAUGAGAAGUUGAAGCACCCUAAAUCAUCUGGCUACUCUCAGGUUGGCACAGGAGAGUCGCGGCCCCAGACACCACUGAGCGAGGCUUCCAGCCGUGUGUCCAUCCUUCGCCCAUCCCCCAAACUGCCAAGGUCAGGCUCCAAAAUUGUUGACAAGCUCAAAUUUUUUGAAGAGCGGAGGAAAAGUCUGGAGCAGAAUGAUAAUCCUUUUGUAGGCCACACAUGGCAACCCUUACGCAAGUCACGUUCUUUUGACCAGGCUGGUUUUGAUGAUGCCAGUCCCUUCCUCUCAGCUGGCUCUCAUGAAGACCUUCAAGACGAUACUCGUUCAGAACUCGGAGACAUAUUUUCUCGGCGUCGUAUCUUCCAUCAGAAAGCAGCCUCUUUGGAUGAGCGUGGCCGCUUCUCCAGUCAUGUGCAUGACUUGGAACAAAAGUUCACUGCAGAAUUGGGGCGCAUCAAACGCACCGUGUCUCAACAGCAGCUGCGGCGAUCCCAAGAAUUAUUCAAGUCACCCACUGCAAUUACCACCAUUGACUCAUCUGUCCCCAAGGUUCCACCACCACGGAAACGUAAACCAAUGAAAGUUUUCCCAGCUACAGAAAAUGCACACGGUGUACAGCAACUGGUUCUGUCCAGUAUGGGAUUAGUGGGACCCAGGGAUGAACCCAAAAAACCCCAAAAGAUUUUGUCAAGGAAUGCAGCCAUGACUGAGGAGAUGGGAGAACAGAACAGAGGUCAAAAGGAACCGGAACUGAACGGCCAAGAUCUCCGGCACAAGGUGGAGCAGUGUCCACUCUCCCGUGCUGCUCCAGGGGGACAGAAAAACUUGCUGCAAGUUUCAGCUUUAAAUAGCCAGGAUAUCAUGGAUAAAGGCCCUCUGAAUGCAGCAAAAGUCAGCUAUGAAUCGAAGGGUCUAAGCGAAGCCUCACAUGGCCGGAAACGGGAAUCAGGACAGGAUGGACAUUCUCUACCCCGGAUCAAGACAGAAACUGGCCCAGACAGAAGCAAGGCAGGGAUCCAUGGUACAAGUAGAGAAUUCGACAGAAAGAUUGGGAAAGUGGUAGAAAAAAAGGACAAUACAUUGCAACCUCAAGAAGGGAAGAGUGCGCGGAGCAGAGGCAAAGGCCGACGGUCCCGACAAAUAUCACCAGAACCAGAAUCUUCUGAUGAUUCCUACAUCUCAGCGGGUGAAGAUCCCCUGGAGGCUCCCGUCUUUGAAAUCCCAAUCCAUGAUGCAGUUGUCAUAGCUGGGACUGAGGUGCUGUUCAAAUGCAUCGUCACGGGCAACCCUUCUCCACAAGUGUCUUGGCGAAAAGAUGGCAUCCCCUUUCGGAGCAGCACCACUCGUCCCAUCAAAGCAGAGGGCGAACGCCACACUCUGCUGGUUAGGAGUGCCCGCAUGACUGAUGCCGGCCUCUAUACUGUCUGUGCAACCAACGAGGUGGCUGAGACCUGCUGCAGCGCCAUCUUAACCGUGCGGCCAGGUCCCGCAGAGAUCCACAGCCGAUUGAUGCCCCGCCGUGAAGUCAGCAGCCCUGUCACCUCAGAUGAAGAGUACCUGAGCCCUUUGGAAGAGUUCCCUGAGUCGGUCACCCCUCAACACCAUCCUGUUAUGAGAGUACAACCCCGCUCUGAGAUUGGCCCAACUGCAGCACAUGCAGACAUUAACUUCAAGGCUGCACCAUGUUUUGAGAUAGUACUAAAUGACCAGACGGUACUGGAAGGACAAGAUGUGGUCCUGCGCAUUCAAGUGCAAGGAGAGCCCAAACCCAUUGUCCACUGGUUGAAGAACAGGCAUCCCGUAAAAUAUGGACGGCGCAUUUCUGCUGUGGAAGAAGAGGAUGGAUCAUUCUGCCUCCAUAUCCGCAUGGUGGAAUACACAGAUGCUGGCUAUUAUGCCUGCAAGGCCAUAAAUGAAUAUGGCACCAGACAGUGCGAAGCCAAGCUUGAUAUACAAGUGCACCCUGAAACACACUCCCUGGCAGUGCUGACCCCGCUGCAGGACGUGGUGGUGGGGGCUGGGGAUGCAGCGAUCUUCGAAUGCCUGGUUGCUGGCCCAUCGGAUGUGGAUGUGGACUGGCUGUGGCGGGGGCGCCUUCUGCAGCCUGCCCUGCUCCAGUGCAAGAUGCAUUUUGACGGGCGCAAGUGCAAGCUGCUGCUUACCUCUGUGCAUGAAGAUGAUAGUGGUAUCUACACAUGCAAGUUAAGCACAGCUAAAGAUGAGCUGACCUGCAGUGCCAAACUAACAGUGUGGCCUUCACGCCAUCCCCUUUUCACCCGCAAACUGGAAACUGUGGCUGUGGUGGAAGGACGAACAGCACGGCUUGACUGCAAGAUCAGUGGGGAGCCCCCACCAACCAUCGUUUGGACCCACUUUGGCCAGCCUGUACAAGAGGGGGAAACCAUGCGUAUACAGCAAGACGGGGGUCUGCACUCUCUGGUCAUCCUGCAUGUGAGCUCCGAGGAUGAGGGUCAGUACGGGGUGAGUGCCAGCAACAAGCACGGCCGAGCUGAGUGCACCGCAGAGCUGUAUGUGGAGGAGCCGCGGCCAGCAGCUAGCUCCCAGAUUUCCAAGCUAGAAAAGAUGCCAUCUAUCCCUGAAGAACCAGAACAAGGGGAGGGUGAAGUUGAACGCUUCACCAUGCCGGACUUCUUGCGACCGCUGCAUGAUCUGGAUGUGGUGGAAUCUAAAGAAGCUGUGCUAGAGUGUCAAGUGGCUGGUCUUCCUUAUCCAACCAUUACCUGGUUCCACAAUGGGCGGCGCAUCGAGAGCUCUGAGGACCGCCGAAUGACACAGUAUAAGGAUGUACACCGUUUGGUCUUCAACUCUGUCAAUCAUGCCCAUGCUGGAGUGUAUAAAAGUGUUAUUGCCAACAAAGUGGGCAAAGCCACCUGCUAUGCUCACCUCUAUGUCACGGAUGUGGUACCCACACCUCCUGAUGGUCCACCAACUAUAGCAGCUGUCACUGGCAGAGGUGUCACACUGAACUGGAAUGCGCCAAAGUGGCUGGAUUCAGCUAUUGACCCUGCCUCUGUCACCUAUAUUCUCCAGCAGCAGAUCCUGGGGUCCAGCCACUGGACUGUUGUUACUACAGGCUUGCAUCAAACCAGCCAUACCAUUCUGGCUCUAAAGAAAAACAUUUACUAUAUGUUCCGUGUACUCACAGCAACGGCUAAGGCUAACAGCAAGCCUUCUCCACCCACAGAACCAGUGCAGCUCCUAGAUCAUGGUCCGUAUAUGGCAGAGGCCCCUAUAAUCUUGGACAAGCCAGAUGUGGUAUAUGCAGUAGAGGCACAGUCGGCUUCCAUCACUAUAACUCUCAACCAUGUUGAGGCUGUUGUCACCUGGAGGAGGGCUGGCAUGGUGCUCAAGGAUGGUGAUCCCAACUGUGAGAUGAGCAUGCCUGAUGAUGAUCAGCACACCUUGCGAUUCCUCCGGGUGGGAAGGGGGGAUGUGGGGGAAAUAACCUGCGAGGUGAGCAACCAGCAUGGAUAUGAUCAUGGCUUCAUCAGGAUGGAGCUGGCAGAGGCACCACGUUUUGAAACAAUCAUGGAAGAUAUCGAAGUUGGAAUAGGUGAAACACCACAGUUCGCAGUGGUAGUAGAAGGCAAACCACUUCCAGAUAUUAUGUGGUACAAGAAUCAGGUGCUCCUGGCUGAAAGUAACCACCUGAGCUUCGUAUAUGAGGAAAGUGAAUGCUCUUUAGUUGUGCUGAACACAACAGAGCAGGACAGUGGAGUCUACACAUGUACUGCACGCAACCUGGCUGGAGAAGUGUCUUGCAAGGCUGAACUUGUGGUUCAUGCAGCCAUACCAGAUUCGGAUGCUGCACAAGCAGAAGAAGAGUCACACAUAGCCCGCCGUCUUGCUGACUAUUAUGAUGCCCAUGAGGAGAUCUGCAGGGGAGCCUUCUCAUACAUUCGGCGAGUGACCCAGAAAAGCACCGGCUUGGCUUUUGCUGCAAAGUUCAUCCCAUGCCGGGCCAAAGCCAAAAAAUCAGCCCGUCGUGAGCUGGGCAUUUUAGCUCAGUUGGACCAUGAACGUAUUGUGUACUUCCAUGAUGCCUUUGAGAAGAGGAAUGCCCUCAUCAUCAUUACUGAGCUCUGCACUGGAGACGAACUGCUUGAGCGCAUUGCGAGGAAGUCCUCUGUGAGUGAAUCUGAAAUUCGCUGCUACAUGAGGCAGAUCCUGGAGGGAAUUUGUUAUCUCCACCGCAAUGGCAUCUUACAUCUUGACAUUAAGCCUGAAAACCUACUGCUGGCUGAACCUGGCAGUGAUCAGGUGAGAAUCUGUGACUUUGGCAAUGCCCAGGAACUGACUCCAGAUGAACCGCAGUAUUGCAAAUAUGGCACCCCUGAAUUUGUUGGUCCCGAGAUUGUCAGCCAGAGUCCUGUGUCCGUGGUCACCGAUGUCUGGCCUGUGGGAGUCAUGACCUAUUUAUGUCUCACAGGGAUCUCCCCAUUUGUGGGUGAAAAUGACAAGACCACACUCAUGAACAUCCGCAACUACAAUGUGGCCUUUGAGGAGAGCAUGUUCACAGGACUGACCAGGGAGGCCAAAGGCUUUGUUAUCAAAGUGCUGGUUAACGAUCGCCUGAGGCCUAAUGCAGAGCAGACCCUGGAGCAUCCCUGGUUCAAGACACUGGCCAAGGGCAAGAGUAUCAGCACAGAUCAUCUCAAACUGUUCAUAUCUCGCAGGAAGUGGCAGCGCUCCCAAAUUAGCUAUAAGUGUAACAUGGUGCCACGACCUAUCCCUGAGCUUCUAGAGGACACAUCCACACACUUAUCUAUUGCUGUGCCACGUCUCCUAAAGGAAACAUCAGUCCUAUCCUCUUCUUCAGAUUCUGAUGAUCCUGAAGAGCUGCCCUAUAUUCCUAUGCCCCAUCAGCCUGAAUUUUCUGGUUCCCGGAUGUCCCUGACUGAGAUUCCCACAGAGGAGGAGUCUGUGGGUCCAGAUGGGGCUGUGACGGAGGAGGAUACAUCCAUGGAUUGGCAGGAUGUAGAGCAGAGAGGAACUAAGAGAAAGGAAGAUGUAGAGUCAUCCGUGAGGAAACAUAAGAGUAAGGUGCCCCAAAAACGUUCCACAGAGGCUGAAGCGCUGGGCUCUUUUGAAGAGGAGACUAGUGAUGCCCAGAAAAGGCCAGAGAAAAGGAGGGCACUGAAGAAAGGCUCCAGCCUGGAGUCUCCAGAUGCUUCUGACAAAGCCUCACAGAAGGCGGGAUUGCGCCGCGGCAGUUCUGCAGAUAGUGCCCUUUUGCUCAACCUUCCCUCAGAUGAAGCUGAGUCCCUCUCGCGUCCAAUCUUGACCAAAGCUUCCUCCAUGGAGCUGCCCCGUCGCAGCCCCAGCCCUGGCACAUUGUAUCAUAGGAAAGGUGGCCUCCCUGAGGAAGAAUAUGCUCAGCGCCUGGAGCUCAUGCGCCAGCGCUUACUGCGAGGCAGUCCUGUGGACGGCAAACUGAGUGGCUUGCGGGGGCCCCUGUUGGAGACCCUUGGCCUUGAGAAGAAGGUCCCGAGGCCUCCCCGGUUAGAAAAACAGCUGUCCCCAGGGCAUAAGAUAGUGCGUGCAGCCUCUACUGAGACAGCCCCACAGCAUUUGCCCCCAGAGGGGCGUCUCCUCCAAAAGAGUAGCUCCUUCAGCCAGGGUGAUGGGGAGCCUGUCAUCCUGCACCGGCGUUCUGGGGCACCAUUGGAAAUCCCCUUGGUCCAGGCAGAGACUCAGAAAUUAAAAGAGACCCCAUCCCUCUCAGCACUGAAUGAGUCCCGGCCACACACACCACAUGAAGCUGUCUCCAAAGUAUCCAGCCUCGAGAUGGAGGUAGGAACUAAGUCCCUCACUAGGUCUAGCCUGAGAAGACCUAUCCCCAGACAAUCUGAGGAGAAGCCAUCAGCCAGAUUUGCCAAACCUGAUGCUCCAGUGGCUGGGAAAGCCAUGAGCUCCAAACGGGAAUCAAUACCAUCUAGGCAAAUCUCACCCAUCCCCGGCAGCUCUGCUCCAAAACGUUCUGCUUAUGCUGAUGUCAUGAAGUCUUUGACUGGUGAAUCUUCCCAAAGCCCUCAGAAAGAGACCGCUGAACCUUCCAUUGUUGCUCCUGAAGGCGUGCCUCAGCAAUCCCCCACAGAAAUGCCACCCUCUGCUGUGGUCCCCAGCAAAGAGAAAGAGCUUCCCUCCUCCUCAUCCCAGCAUAUUGCGGACAUUGACUCUGAAGAAGUCUUUGAAGCCAAAUUCAAGAGAGGCAGGGAAGGCUCCUUCAGCAGAGGCUAUAAGCUAAUCUCCAGAUCUGAGGAGCGGCACCUGGCCAAGCCCCUGGUGCAUGAAGAAGGCAUUUAUCGGCCAGGACCAGUGGGGGCUCCGCUAGAAUUUUCCAAGUCUCCAGCCCCCAAGCAGCUAGGCGCACGCUCUCGUUCAGUACAGGACCUGCAUGAAGUGGAGAAGGAAGGAGGCUUCAUCCGCAGAAUGUCGAUGCGCCUGCGUCGCACUCCCCCUGCUGAGAGAAAGAAGGUCAAGGAGGAGGACACAGGGGGUAUGAGCCAGGGGCGCAGAUCUUCAUGGGGCUUGGCUUCCAAGGACAAAAAGGACACAGAGGGCCAGCAAUCCAAGCCUGGCUCCAGUGAAUCCCCUGUCAUGGCCGUACGCCGCAAGAUUGGAAGUAAAGUAGGCCGCCUCUCCACACAUCUACGUAGCCACUCACAGCAACAGGCUGAUGACGACCAGCCGGUUGCUACUGGCGACUGUGUCCAGCAGCUUGAGAAGAGAGCUCCCUUUCUCUCUCAGAUACGCCGUGCAACCUCUGAGGGUGAAAACUUGCGUCAGGUGGGCAUCCCACAGAACCAGUUGGCAGCCCAGUCUGCUAAGGUCCCCUCCACAGAAUCGUUCCAGUAUGAGUCGUCUACAGGCAAUGUUUCCAGUGAUGGCCAACGCCGCAGCUCUCGUUGGGAACGCUGGAGUUUAUCCCGUACCAAGAAGGACAAGGUGGCCUCUCAGCCCAACCUCCCUGCCAGCCUGAGAGGGGAAGGUGUUGUUAUUGUCAGUCAACCUUACAUGCUCAGUGAAUCGGACUUCCCUCCUGUCUUCCACAUAAAAUUAAAGGACCAGGUAUUGUUGGAGGGAGAGGCAGUGCAACUUUGCUGCCUUCCUGCUGCCAGCCCUGCCCCUUGCAUUCUGUGGAUGAAAGAUAAACGUGCCUUGGUUUCAGAGGGAGUUCUUAAUAUUGUGGCAUGUAAAGAUGGCCGUCAACUGCUUACCAUUUCCAAAGUCUCCAAGAAGGACGCAGGCUUGUAUGAAUGUAAUGCUACAAAUGCCUUGGGCACUGCAACUAGUUCCUGCACCAUUGCUGUGGCACAUCUUCCUGGGAGACCAGGCACUCCAGAAAUUCCUCAAAAGUACAGGAACACAGUCCUGGUGCUGUGGAGGCCAGCAGACACUCAGGCGCCCGGCUGCUCAUACACACUGGAAUGCAAGAUAGAUGGAGAACAUGAUUGGAAAACAAUUAACUCAGGCAUUGCUGACUGCUACUUCAAUGCAACAGAUCUUCCUGUUGGAAACACCAUCAAGUUUCGUGUUGCCUGUGCCAACAAGGCUGGACAAGGCCCAUACAGCAACCCUUCGGGGAAAGUAUUCAUUGAGGGUGCAGAACCCACAGCUUCCCAUUCAGGUCUUCCUGCCAAGAGGAAUAGAACAGCUUCUACCAGGUCUACUCAGACACUUCCUGAUCAGACGCCCCAGCCAAUGAUGAAAAGCACAGGUCCUCUGUUGACCUCCGAGCCAGUUUUAGGAGAGGUUCCUCCUGGGCCACAAGAGAUUCAAGUCAGUGAGGAGGCAUCUAUGGCUUCAGAGAAAGAAAAACUCCCAAUUACAGCUCUCCUUCCAUCUUCCCAGGAUUCCUCCUCUUUGGAAGAUCCAUCCAUGACAAAGGCCCCUUUCCCAGAAUCAAGAUUAAAGCCUUCCAGGACAGCAUCUUCCCUCACCACCCAAAACGUCUCAACUACCACCAAAGGUUUGCUUGCCCCAACAUCAUCCCCUGAUUCUUCUCUCUCCACGUUCUCCCCAGUCCAGCCUGCACUUCCAACGUCCACAGUGGACUCGCCAGGGACCAUCACUCCUAAAACUGUGCCAUAUGUUGCCACCUCUUUUGUUUCCAUCCCAUCAAGACCACCUGUCCCAACAGAUGAUGCUCCCAGCCCCUCAGUCACCCCUACCACAGAGGAAAUGCCUUCACACACACGUUUUCUAAGGCGGAACCUUUCCUCCAGUAAGGAUACUAGUAGUGGAGCCCGGGGUAGUCUUACUUCAAAAGAUGAAUCCGCAUUGCGCCAAGGAGUUCCUCAAAAACCUUACACCUUCUUGGAUGAGAAAGCGAGAGGCCGUUUUGGAGUGAUCCGGGAGUGUAAGGAGAAUGCCACAGGCAAGCGUUUUAUGGCCAAAAUUGUACCCUAUGAGGCAGAAAGCAAGCAAAAUGUCCUGCAGGAGUAUGAGAUCCUUAAGGGCCUUCACCAUGAACGCAUCAUGACCCUCCAUGAAGCCUAUAUUACUCCUCGCUACCUGGUGCUGAUAGCAGAAUAUUGCACUGGGAAAGAGAUCCUCUUCCACCUUGUUGACAGGUUCCGAUACUCAGAGGAUGAUGUGGUGGGGUAUAUAACGCAGAUCCUUCAAGGUCUAGAAUACCUUCAUGGACGACAUAUCAUUCACCUUGACCUGAAGCCUGAGAACAUCCUUGUUUCCACCACAAACUCAAUAAAAAUUAUUGACUUUGGUAGUGCCCAGACGUACAAUCCAAUGGUUUUGCGACAGCUAGGGCGCCGUGUUGGCACUUUAGAAUACAUGGAGGAGCAAGAUGUUGAAAUUGCAUUAGUCGUGCCUUAUUUCUGUUGCAAAUUCUGGCUGUUUCCUGUUUGGGUUCAAUAUCAGAGCGCACAAUUUAUACAAAUCAGGUGUCAAAUGCAGGCUGAGAUUAUCUCCAGGAGCCGUCCGACUCUCAAGGAUUGCUUUGCCAAUCCGUGGCUCCAGGAUGCCUAUCUCAUGAAGUUACGGCGUCAAACCCUCACUUUCACCACAAGUCGCCUGAAAGAGUUCUUGGUGGAGCACCAGCGUCGGCGCAAUGAAGUGGCUACCAAGCACAAGGUCUUAUUGCGCUCCUACCAUGGCGCUAGCAGCCACAUGCCCUAG